AUGCGGUCUAAAAUGUUUCUCACCGUUACCGCUGUUCUCGCUUUCUCUUCGGCCUCUCUCGCUGGGUUGAUGCCAAAGUCUCCCAACCUAGAAAUCCCUAUGAAGAUCGGCUGCUACCCAACCGGAAAUGCCGGCAAUCCUGGCACUGCCAUGACAUUCAAGCUGCCCGAUUGUGAUGGCCUGCUCAACGGUGACAACUGUCUUCGCUUCUGCACCUGUAACGAGCAAUCUCAGAUCGUUUGCGACAGCAGUGCCAUGUCUGGGUGCAGUGACAAGGAGAUGGCGGCUGCUUGCUCUGCCUCUGGCAACAACCACUGGUACUGCAGCUGCUGGCCUGCUUAA